CAUAAUUUUAUGAUGUGACAACCGUGGUGGUAGCACUUUCAUAUUUGCGCCAAUUCUUCUUCCGUUGCCGCGAAAGCUAUGCACUAGUGUUUUUGGAGUAAAUAUGCCAGCAAAAAGAAGCUUUGUGUUGAACAAUUUCAAGAAUUGGGGUGCGAAGAAACCUACAUGCAAGCACUGUUCGUCACAAAUCAGCUACAAUGGAGGAUCGGUGGGAAACCUCAAACGGCAUAUGAAAUUAAAGCACCCUUUUAUUCCUUGGCAAGGCUCAAUCCAUGACAAUGAAGACAACGAAGACGACACGCCAGUAGAGCAACCGAAUCAGACGCAGCCAUCGGCACAAAGUGAACACCUUUCGCAGAGGGAGUCGCAGCAACCGGUAAUUACAAAUUAUAUAUCAAAGCAGCCAACCACCAAAAAGGCGGAUAAAAUCAACCAUCAACUAGUCAAGAUGAUAGCUAAAGGCCAUCAUGCGCUGCGUUUAGUGGAAGAGCCGGAGAUGGUGAAAUUUGUCAGCAUGGUAUCACAGUGCGGCGGUUAUAAAUUACCCGCCAAGAAAACUUUGUCUCAAAGCUUGAUACCAAAAGUUUAUAAUGAUUUAGAAUCAGAAAUUAAAAGCCAAUUGCAAGAUACAUUUGCAGUUUGUCUCACAACCGACGGCUGGACGUCUUCUACCAACAUCAGUUACAUUGCUGUAACUGCUCAUUUUAUUGAUAAAAACACCACGCUUUGUUCUGCUCUCUUGUGCUGCAGAGAGCUUGAUUGUAGUCAUACUGGUGAAAAUUUAUAUGGGUUUUUAAAAGAAGUGACUGCGAAUUGGGGUAUAUCGAAUAAAGUCGCCGCCAUAGUUACCGACAACGCUGCAAAUGCAUUAAGUGGCGUAAGGUUAGGGGAGUGGCGUUCCAUAGGUUGUUUUGCACACCUACUUAAUUUGAUUGUUCAGAAAGCAAUUACUGGAAUCCCGGCAGUUGUAGACAAAGUUAAAAAUAUUGUUGUAUAUUUCAACCGCAGUAGCCAAGCUUUAAAAAAAUUAAAGGACUUUCAAGUAGAAAUGCAAUUGCCUAUUUUAAAAUUGAAGAAAAGUGUGCCAACGCGAUGGAAAUCUACAUACGAUAUGUUGGCUCGUAUAAUAGAAGUUAAAGACGCUGUUAUGAGCACAAUUGCCAUUUUGAGACCCGAUCUUAUUAUAGACACCAUUGAAUGGGAGAUAAUAGAAGGAUCUUUACCAUUACUUAAGCCUUUUUAUGGCAUCACUACGGGAAUCUCUUCUGAAAUAGAUGUGACGCUAUCUAAAGUUAUCGUUUUUAUCAAUCUUAUUCAAAGGUAUUUAGCAAAGACUUCGCCAAAAAACGAAAAGCUUUCAUUGUUUUAUAGAUCUUUGAGGCAGGGUUUUAGAGAACCAAAUGCGUGUGAUACUGCUAUUCAAAACCUUAAAAAUAAGAUUGUACAGACGGAUUAUUCUCAAACUGAAACAAAAGUUGUGAUUCCCGAUUCGCAGGCGCAAGCUGUUAACAAUAUUUGGUACGAUUACGACAAAGAUGUCAGAAAUAUUGUAAAGCCUCAGAACAAAACUGUAGCUGCGAUUGUAGAAGUGAAUAGAUAUUUGAGUGAACCCUAUUUAGAUCGCAACCAUAAUCCACUGGAAUGGUGGCAUGUGCGCAAGGAAACAUAUCCCAAUCUAUACAGGCAUAUUUUGAAAAGAUUUUGUAUAGUGGCUACAUCGGUGCCUUGCGAAAGGGUAUUCUCUAGCGCGGGCCUAGUAAUAAGAGACGUACUUUACUGA